AUGAUUGUAGCCUUGCUUUGUGUUCCUCUUCUCUUUGCCUUCCUCAGUCCACCACACUUCGCGCAUCUACCACCCGCAACUUACUACUACAAUUCCUUUUCUAAGAUGACUGAAAACGUUGUUCGUGAGCGAGUCAUCUCGCUAUACCACAUUGUUACUGGAGAAGUCGAGGGCCCUAAGAAAAGAUGCGGGUUGGUGAUGGCUGAUAAGGCUGAUUGGUCCGAUGAAUUGUGCCAUUUCUUCGGCGAGUUGGCUCUUGCUACUGAAAUCGGCCCUGGCUUACGCUCGAGCUUACUGGAUGUUUACAAAGUGCGGCACAUAAGUCACCCUCAUCCUUUCAUGUUGUCCGCCCGAGCGUAUGGGUUUUUUCCCAAUUUCGAAGAUGGUUGGAAGAUCGAUCUUUGCCUUGAGCCGGAUAGGCGAAUCAAAUCACCACUCCCCCAUAUUAUGUUAACUGCUUCCCAGCCAGCACAAGCUAGAGAGGGCUCCAUUUUGUAUGGGGAGCUUGCAGUGAUUGUUUCUGUUAUGCAUGAUCGUGCCAUACAGCCUGAGGUAGGAAGCGAAGAGGAGAUGAAGAAGCUGUCUCGAAUGGAUCUAGAAGAGCUUGAUGAAGUAGUUGGUGAGAAGGCACCAGCCUUUCCAAAUGAGCAGAAAUUUCCACUCCUCCUUCUUUCCCUUGUGAACCCACGGCAUGCAAGGAUACUCUGUGCUUACAUGUCUGACGAUCUGCUGGUGGUUGAGACGUCGAAGAUUUACAGCUUUGAGGAAAAGGAGUCAGCUCCCAUCGGUCUGUUCCUAUCCUGGCUGUUUGCUUCCCCCUCCCCCGUGGUAGAAACCUGA